CCAAUUCCAAUUCUAAAUCCCGACACAUCCACUCAGAAACAGAGGAACGGAGACAUAGCUACUGAAAUGGCGGCUGCAUCCCCAUGGAACCUCAUGUUUACAAAACCUCUAAACAAAAGUAGACGACUUUCAACUUGCUCUCUCUCAUGGAGGCUCUCUCCCCCCUCUCCAUUCGCCGUUUCCCCUCUUUGCAGCCGCCCCAGAAAUGCCAAGUCCUUCGUAGUAGUGGCCAUGAUGGACGCCAAGCCCACAGUCCUCGUGGCCGAAAAGCUCGGAGACGCGGGUCUCCAACUCUUGAAGAAAUUCGCCAACGUGGACUGCUCCUACAACCUGAGCCCCGAGGAGCUCUGCACCAAGAUCUCUCUCUGCGACGCCUUGAUAGUCCGGAGUGGCACCAAGGUCACACGUGAGGUGUUCGAGUCCUCGGGCGGCCGACUCAAGGUGGUGGGUCGUGCCGGUGUUGGAAUCGAUAAUGUUGAUCUGUCGGCGGCCACGGAACACGGGUGCCUAGUGGUUAAUGCUCCCACCGCCAAUACAAUUGCGGCCGCUGAGCAUGGGAUUGCUUUGCUUACUGCCAUGGCCCGUAAUAUCGCUCAAGCUGAUGCCUCCAUCAGAGCUGGGAAGUGGCAGAGAAAUAAAUAUGUUGGGGUGUCGCUGGUGGGAAAAACCCUUGCCAUUAUGGGGUUCGGAAAGGUUGGAUCAGAAGUUGCCCGGCGUGCCAAGGGACUUGGCAUGCAAGUGAUUUCUCAUGAUCCAUACGCCCCUGCAGACCGUGCCAUUGCAAUUGGCGUAGAGUUGGUGACCUUUGAUGAAGCCUUAACAAGAGCAGAUUUCAUCUCCAUGCACAUGCCUCUCACUCCUGCUACCUCAAAAAUGUUCAAUGAUGAUUCUUUCUCUAAGAUGAAAAAGGGAGUUCGAAUUGUCAAUGUUGCUCGUGGCGGUGUGAUUGAUGAGGAGGCUCUACUUAGGGCCCUGGAUUCUGGUAUUGUUGCUCAGGCAGCACUUGAUGUUUUUACAGAAGAGCCUCCACCGAAUGAGAGUAAGUUGGUCCAGCAUGAAAAUGUAACUGUAACUCCUCAUCUUGGUGCUAGCACUAUGGAAGCUCAGGAAGGUGUGGCUGUUGAAGUAGCUGAAGCUGUUGUUGGGGCAUUGAAAGGGGAGCUUGCUGCUACUGCUGUGAAUGCGCCCAUGGUUUCUGCUGAGGUUUUAUCAGAACUUGCACCAUUUGUUGCACUGGCAGAAAAGCUUGGCAGACUAGCUGUGCAACUGGUUGCAGGUGGUGGUGGUGUGAAAUCAGUGAAGAUUACAUAUGCUUCUGCCAGAGGUCCAGAUGAUCUUGAUACCCGGCUGCUCCGUGCUAUGGUUACCAAGGGUCUGAUUGAGCCUAUCUCCAGUGUUUUUGUGAACUUGGUGAAUGCUGACUUCACUGCAAAACUGAGAGGACUAAGACUAACAGAAGAGCGAAUCAUGUUGGAUGGCUCACCCGAGAGUCCACUUGCGUUCAUCCAGGUUCAUAUUGCCAAUGUAGAAUCAAAAUUUGCCAGUGCAAUUGCUGAGUCUGGUGAGAUUACAGUUGAGGGAAGGGUGAAGGACCGGAAACCUCAUUUGACAAAGGUGGGAUCAUUUAGUGUUGAUGUCAGCCUGGAAGGCAGCCUUAUUCUGUGCAGGCAGGUUGAUCAACCAGGUAUUAUUGGAAAGGUUGGGAGCAUCUUGGCUGAGGAUAAUGUAAAUGUGAGCUUCAUGAGUGUUGGAAGGACUGCUCCUAAAAAACAAGCAGUCAUGACCAUUGGCGUGGAUGAGGAACCAAGCCCAGAGGCUCUGAAGAAAAUUGGGGUUAUUCCUGCCAUUGAAGAGUUUGUUCUCCUCAAGUUGUAGCUUAGCCAAUAUCAUCGUAUUCUUGUAAUUGUGUCUGCUGCCUAGUUAUGAAGAAAGUUGGUAUAGAAUAUUCCCUUUCAAUUAAAUUGGCUUUUUUAUAUCUCUAGUUAA